AUGGGCUAUUUUUCCUGCAAUGUCGACUCCGCCAUCGCCACUUGCGGCACUUACGAGCUUCUGACUAAGAAAACUCGAAAGGCCGCGGGCCAAAGGCCCGUCGAGAUCACCGAGUUCGACUUCUCGGAACUUCACGCCGCCACCGAUGGAUUCUCGCCCGAUAACCUCCUCGGCAAAGGUAGCCACGGCUCCGUGUACAAGGCUCGUUUCCACCGGAGGAACCGUGUGGCUGCAGUCAAGCGGACGAAGCCAAACGACGCCUCCGGGACCGCCGCAGAAAACGAGGUGGGGAUUCUGUCCACAAUUCAUCAUCCCCGCCUCGUGAACCUAAUCGGGUUCGGGUGCGAACCUGAACACCACGGGCACAAAUUGCUCGUGGUCGAGUACAUGCCAGGCGGGUCCCUAUACGACUUGCUCCACAGUCCCGAGAGGAAACCGCCCGGGUGGGUCGACCGAGCCCGGUUCGCGGUCCAAGUCGCUCGGGCGAUUUGCUUCUUGCACGGGUCGGACCCGCCAAUCAUCCACCGUGACAUAAAGUCGUCGAACGUGCUGAUUGACGCCAGGUCCGGUUGUCGUGUCGGCGACUUUGGGUUGGCCUUGCGGGCCGGACCAAAUCGGGCCAGGCCCGCGGGGACACUCGGGUAUCUCGACCCUGGGUACGUCGACCCAGGUGGCGUCAGCACUAAGUCCGACGUGUUCAGCUUCGGGGUAUUGAUGUUCGAGCUCAUAACGGGCAGGUGCCCGAUCGACGUUGGCCACAGCCCGCCGUCCGUGGUCGAGUGGGCGGUGCCGGCGGUGAGGUCCGGCGAUUUCGUGUCAAUUUGUGACCCGAGGGUCGGGCCGCCGGAGGGUGGUGGCGGCGCCCUCCGGCGGAUGGCGGUGUUGGCGGCGAGGUGCGUUCGGCCGGAGGCGGGGAGGCGGCCGGAGAUGGAGGAGGCGGUGGAGUGUUUGAGGGGGGUGUACGAGGGGAUGAGGCGGCGGGCGACCUCGUGCGGUGGGAUGCGGCGGCGCGUGGGCUCACGCGCCGGGAGGUACGAGCAGCUGGACGAGAGCAUUGAGCUGGUGAUGGGUAGGAGCAAAAGGAAGGGGAAAGUAUCUAAUGCGGCGAGUGCAGGGGAAGCGAGUGGGUCAAAGUCAACGGACGGAGGCGGCGAGAUUAAAUCGCCGCCGACGGAUUCGGUUAUCCGUGAGCAAAUUAAAUGGAGGGUGGGAUCGAGUGUGAAGACGGCCACGGUGAGGCUGAGAAAGUCAAGGUCGAUGCCGAAUGUUAUCAAUGUACUUAAUUUGGUGGUGCUGUGGAAUUUCUCCCAGGAAUUGAAGUUUGAUUGA